AUGUUCAGUGGGCAAAUAAAUGCUAAUUCUCUUAACAUAUUCAAAUGGAAAUGGCACAGUACAUCAUCUCUAAAGAUAGGGUUGCUUAAAGAUGUACCUCCAGAAAUUGAAUUGUCCGACUAUCAUAAGCCCCCAAGCCCCCGUAGUGAAAGUCUGUCUGGGCUUCUCGAUGGUGAGACUUCAAAUGUAGAGCCCAUCGGUGAGUUUUGGCUUCAUCGGACCUGGAUUUUCUGUGGGUUUCAGCACAAUGUUCUGAUUGAAGUACUCAAGGAAUGGACUGGCUGUUUUUUGCCUGCUGUAAGCGUUACAUCAUCUCUAAAGAGAGGGUUGCUUAAAGAUGUACCUCCAGAAAUUGAAUUGUCCGACUAUCAUAAGCCCCCAAGCCCCCGUAGUGAAAGAUACCUUGGAAUAUUUUCCAUAUACUGGAUCUUCUGUUUCUUGAGGUUUUUCACGCAAUUAAAGGAGACUCUUAAGAUCCGUCAGUUUUUCUACGGCAGUCUCCAUGUAACGGACAAUGAAAUAAAAACUAUGCCAUGGGCAUUGAUUCUUGAAAAAGUCGUUCAGGUACAAAGUUUGCAACAACUAUGUGUGGUCAAGGAUCUUUCUAUUCACGACGUGGUGAUGCGAUUGAUGCGGAAGGAGAAUUAUUUGAUUGGAAUGGUUAAUAAAGGAGUGCUUGCUUUCCCUAUUUCUGGGUGGGUUCCAGGUGCUGGUCCAACUUUCAGAGUUGGUCUAAAUGGCGUGCAACAUCGACUAGUACUAACAAAGACACUUGAAUGGAUCUUGAAUUGGUGCAUGUUGCAGAGCAUGUUUGACAGAAACUUUUGUCUGCGGAGGGAGUUUGUCUCGGAUCCUAAAACAUUAAGGAAAAGGCUUAUGAUAGUUGGCUUUGCAAUGCUGCUUCUCUCUCCUUUUCUUGUCAUAUUCAUGCUGGUAUAUCUUUUUUUAAGACAUGCUGAACAGUUUUAUAAUCACCCGAGUACGGCGUCACAUCGAAGAUGGUCAAACCUCUCCAAGUGGAUGUUUAGGGAAUUCAAUGAGGUUGACCAUUUGUUCAAGCACCGGAUAAAUAGCAGUGUGGUGCAUGCUUCAGAUUAUCUCAAGCAAUUCCCUUCACCUAUACUAACCAUUGUUGCGAAGUUUUUCUCAUUUGUUUUUGGUGGCUUUGCUGCUGUCCUCAUAAUUAUUGCCUUCCUAGAAGAGUCUCUGCUAGAAGGCCAUAUAUUUGGUCGCAACUUAUUUUGGUAUGCAGCAGUUUUUGGGACUAUAACUGCUAUAAGUCGGGCUGCAAUAGCGGAUGAGUUGCUUAUCCUGGAUCCACAGAUGGCAAUGUCACGUGUGGUCCAACAUACACAUUAUAUGCCAAAAAGAUGGCGGGGAAAGGAGAAUACCAAGACUGUACGGGCGGAAUUUGAAACUCUAUUUCAGUACAGUGGAAUGAUGCUGCUGGAGGAGAUGGCCUCAAUCUUUAUCACGCCAUACUUGCUUCUAUUUGUUGUCCCAAAGCGGGUGGACGACAUUUUGCAGUUCAUUGUGGAUUUUACUGUGGACGUUGAAGGUGUAGGUCAUGUUUGCUGUUUCAGUGUCUUCGAUUUUGAAAAUCGUGGCAACAGCAAAUAUGGUUCACCAUUUAACUCACCUCGCAUCCAGAGGAGCUCCCAGGGGAAAAUGGAAAAAUCGACCUUGAGCUUCCAGAUUAGCUAUCCUUCAUGGGAACCGGAUGCUCAGGGGAAACAAUUUCUUGCAUCUCUCAAAGCCUUUCGAGAUCAAAAGUUGCAAGGACAAGGAACGAGAAUUGCAGAGUUGGCUUCUAGAAUGCAGCAGCAGAGUCCAAAUUUUGGAGUGUUUGGUGGCCGAAACAGCUUCUUCUUGAGGGAAAUGCCUUUUGGUAACGCUGUAACUGGUUCAAUGUGGCUGAUAGAUGGUGAACAGAAGAAUUUUCCAUAUAUUCUUGACUGGUAUUAUACCUCACAAAAUCACGAUAGAGCUUUUCAUACAAGAGACAUUUCAUUUAACACUUUUGCUGGUGUCGAGGAUAACCCUAAUGACAUCUGGAAUGCUUCCCACUCAUCCGAAAAAGACGCAAAAUAUGAUGACAACUGGAGAUAUUUUGAUGACGAUCGUGUGCAGAGUCAUCUCGAGGUUUCUACAUCUUCUCCUCUCUUUCGGGAAAGUGUCUUGCAACAUCACAACACAAGUAAUGCAGAACACCACCCGUCCAGGAGCCAUUGGUGGGCUAGAAGUCAACCACAAGGCACCGAUCCGCAGACAAGUUUUCUUCAUCCCCCAAAUUUCUUCCACAAUGCUCCGCAUGAUCAUUACGAUAAUUUCUCAGACCAGAGUGUGGAGGAUCAAGAACACUCAGAAUGGAGGAAUCGUAAGAGGCUUUCCCAAUCUUUCCUUAUGGAUGACUUGGAUGGUGGCGAAUUCCGUCUUCCAUUCGAUGAUAUAUAUACAAGCAGGCCUUUAGAGAGGCCUACUGGGAGUGCAGAUCCUUUAAAUAUUGUCGGAAACAGAGCACAGUCAGUAACCAUCAAAUUCCCUACAAGUCCAUCACCAGGAGAAGAGCUUCGUCGAGAAUCCACCACCAAUGAUCAGUCUUUGAACCACGAGUCACAUACUCUGAUUUCUUGUUCAAAGACUCAAUCUUUACUCUUUUCCAGCCCCAAAACCCAUAAAUUUCAGACCGCCUUAUCUCAGAAUCUGAACACCCUUGUUGAACCAAAUGGCCAAAAUGUCUCUCAGUUAUCCUCAAGACAGAGGAAAAUUAAAGAAAGAUCACAAAUUGAGGAGGCUUUUGAGUCGGCCAAGUCGGCAGAUGACAUGCUUGAAGCAUUCAAAGACAUGGAGGCGUCCUUUGAUGAGAGAGAGCUGGGCUUGGCGUGCUUGAAAAUGGGCCUCAAACUUGACCAAGAAAGUGAGGACCCUGAAAAGGCUCUGUCUUUUGCUCGGAGGGCUUUGAAAAUUAUGGAUGAUAAUCAGAAUGAUAGUAAUAAGUUUUUUUUUGCCUCUUGCCAUGACUUUGCAAUUGUUGGGUUCUGCUUCUUAUAG